CAUCUGCUUCCUCCUCAUCUCGUGACACCUAUUAAAUAUAUGGUAUUUCCACUGGUUCAGGGGGACACGAAGGAAAAACUGGAAGAUGGUCUCGCUCACCUCAAAUCAUCCACCAUUAAUGGAGACUUCAGUUUUCAUCUCUCAAAAGCGCCAAACCCAUCCUUGUCUCCAUUCCAUCCAACGACUGAAAGUAAAACAUUAGCCACCGCGUUCAAUCUAGUCCGUCCAAAACUCAUCAUCACCUUCAUUUGUUCAACACCCUCGUUUUCUUGUUGCAAAAUUUAUUUCAACCGUUUCCCACUCUUUCUUUCUCUUCGUUCUUUACAAUGCCGGUGCCGCCAUGGCUGGAGCCAUUGCUGAGCACGACGUUCUUCAUAGUUUGCAGAAUACACGGCGAUGCUGCAGCUAGAGGGGAAUGUAAUAUGUAUUGUUUAGACUAUAGAGACGAUUCGUUUUGCUUUUAUUGCCACUCUUGUAAACACAAAAAUCAUCAAGUGAUUAAGAUAAGGAGAUCUUCGUAUCAUGUUGUAGUGAGGGUGACAGAGAUUCACAAAAAGUUUGACAUAACUGGUGCGCAAACUUAUGUGAUAAACAGUGCCAGCGUCUUGUUUCUGAACCAGAGACCUCAACCAAAAUCUGGGAAAUUGGGAGUUUCUCAUUUAUAUGAAAUCUGUGGAAGUACACUCUUGGACCCUUUUCGUUUCUGUUCACUGGGUUGUAAGGAGGUUUCUCUAAUGAAAAGACUCCGGCACCCAAAUGUUUUGCUAUUCAUGGGAGAUGUCACUUCUCCUCAACGUCUCCGCAUUGUCACUGAAUUCCUUUCACGUGGGAGUUUGUUUCGCUUGCUACAGAAGAAUGCUGCAAAAUUAGAAUGGAAACAGCGUUGAUGAUUUAGCAGCCAGUUUUCAAGCACUAAGACAGCGGCUUAACAAUUCAAAUUCUGUUCAUACCAGAGAUGUGGAUGAACUCACUAGCUCCAAGCUUUCUUUGGAUUUGGACAAGGUUGAUGAAUUAGCACAUGAAGUAAAGGAUAGCUCAACCUCAGGCGUGCAAUCUCCGGACCCCCUUGUACCUGUAACGGCCUGCCACACAAAUGAUGUUGAAGCCGCUAUAAGCGAAGGCAAAUAUCAAUUGAUGAAGGCACAGCAGUGGAUGGAAUUUCAGGUGUUAAUCUGAAACCAGUUUCGCAAAACCAAGGAGCCAACCAUGACGCCA